CUGAAUGGAUUGGAUGAUGCUAGAAAGAGCUGAUCAGAGUUCGAAGGACUUUCCGUGGGUGGAUGGGAGAACUUGGAUCGGGGCCUGAUUAGUAGCGACUAGAGCGGAACCAUGUACCCGAUUAAAGCUAGGAACGGAUCUGUUUUUGAGCCAAACAAAGCUCCAUCAGUCGAUUUUACGCUCGGGUUAUUGGACAGGCCGUUCGGUUUUUUGAAACUCAGGAUGUUCGGACAACUCGAUGAAAAUCCAGACAAAGCGGAAUGUUCGGACAGCGAUGGUCGGAUCCGGACAAGUGUUGUUGGAUUCGGACAAGACGGUUGAAAUUGUCGGCCAGACAGCGAUUGCCGGAAAUCAGACAAGGCGGUUAAGACUGUCGGCUAAGCUGAGAUGAGCUGAUUUAGUAGUAUCAGUCUGAUUCGGACAAGGCGGUUGUCGACUGGAUCAGUCAGCUCUAGCUCGAGUUCCGUCUAAGUAAAACUGGCGGGAACAGUUAAAGUCCGAAAAGGGGAAAAACUCGCACUGGAACGCUUUGGCGUGCGGGGUGGCGGUUACGGAUUAAGAGCCGCGUGUAAAAUAAGCGGGAAUGGUUAACUUGGUAGUUUUCUCGGGCCUAAACCGCCCAACUGCCCAUUUUAAUCGUCUCCUUUGUCUUAUUCAGCAAUUUAUGUACGGGAAACAGAAAGAAAGAACCAGAGAGAAACUCAUAAAGAGAAAAGUCCGAUUAAGAGAGAGUUUUCGAUAUUUGGCUGGAUUGAUCAAGUCCGAGUCAAGAACGAUCGUCUGUGGGGUGAAUCCGACUGUCUGAACGUUCGAAGAUCCGACUGAACCCGCUCAAGAGGUGUCAGAAGAGACCGAAUCAAACAGAACAAACCGACUCUAAGACAAAGGUGAGUGCGUGACCGUAGCCUAUCGUACUGAAUCGUAGUCUGAUUGAUAGGAAUGUUCUAUGUACUGAUUGCUUGUAUAAUUCGAAUUAUCUGCUAAGUUCUGGCUUGGUCCGAACAGUCGGUUCCCUCCAUCGACGCAUCUGGAUCAGAUCAUGCGCCUAGAGCCGUAUUGGCCUGCUAGGGCUUGACUGAAUCUGAUAGCGCGCUGGCUUGGAACGAUUGCGUCGGCUAAGUAACUGACUAAUGAUAAGCAUAUCCGUUUAUUGACUGAUUGACUCGAUUGCUCUCACUCGGGACGGAAUGACCGCUCUCACUAAGCGUACUGUUUUCUUAUGCCUCCUUGUUUGGAUGCAGAUCAGGACCAGACCCGAAAGGGUAAAGACAUAGCUUGAACGCAAGACAAGGGCAGGAAGGAAGGAUGGUGGGUUUGGGUAGAUAUAGGACGAGAUUAACAUGUAAUAGCCUAUAGCAAACUGACUUGUUAACUCGAACCACAUAUUAUCUAUUCAAAUCGUAUUAUGCUUUACUUGACUGUCUGAAAAAGAACUAACACUCUGAAAUAAUUCUAAGUAAGGAAAAAAUAUGAAAACGGCCCAAGUCUGAUCGAGGAAGUCGAGCAAGACUCGUACUGAUGUUACGAAAAAAUGGGUCGGGUCCUUUCAAGUGGUAUCAGAGCAGAGUCGAGUUCUAGGACAAUCUAAGUAUAGUGGGUUAUUGGGGCAAACCAUCCUUCCAAGCCUAACGUCUCGCGGUAAAUUUUGUGUUCCGAGUCCUGAUCCCAAGUUAGUUUUGACUAACUUGCCUAUGAUCUUGUUUCAGAGGACAAAAAGUAACUGUAACACAAGAAGGACUGUGAAUGAGACCGCUGAGGGGUCUGCGAGCAACGUGGCCAGGAAUGAAGCUGGUACGGAAGAGGCUCGGAAUGCUGUUCAGAAUGCAGCGAAUUUGAACAAUGCUGCAGCGGCUGGUGCUGCUGCUGGAGCUGCUGCUGCUCCGGUUGGAUUGGAAGCCAUUUUGGCUAUCUUGGCGCAAGUCUUGGCAAGAUUGCCUGCUGCGGCGGCACCUCCAGUGGCUCCACCUGUUGCGGAGGAAGUGGAGAACGUGGUGCCUGAUGGAGAAGAGGCACACGUUGUUAGGAAUCCGUCUUACCUCAAGGUUAUGGACCACAUGCAGAAACUGGGAGCAAAGUUCUUUUCGGGUGGUUCCAAACCAAAGGAAGCAGAUCAAUGGAUUGACAGGAUAGGGCGGAACUUUAAGUCGAUCUGUUGUCCUCUUGCUUACAAGAAGGACAUUGCUGUCCACUACUUGGACGGUGAUGCGCACCUCUGGUGGUGAGGUGUAGCGGCUCGGAUUGGUGCUGAGCAUUGCACGUGGGCCAACUUUAAGACCGAAUUCCGUGGGAAGUAUUUUUCGCCGGAAGCAUUUGAUCAGCUCGAGGGAGCUUUUCUCAGACUGGAACAGGGAACUAUGACUGUAAGGGAGUAUGAAGCAGAGUUCAACAGCCUUAAGAAGUAUGCUGGGCGUGAGGCUGAGUCGGAAAUCUCCUUGGUCCGCAAAUUCAUGCGCGGACUCAGGGUUGAUCUCCGAAAUCGUUGUAAUAUCCGCAACUAUGAUACUUUGGCCGAACUGUUGGAAAAGGCCGCAGAACAGGAAGCUGGAAUCAGUGAGGAAGCCAAGGUGUUUGGCACAGUGGCGCAUGUCCAUCCUGGUAAGCAUGCGGGAAAGAAUCAAAAGCCGGUGAAGGCUGGCUCUUCCAGCAAGCCGAAUGCAACAUGUCGCAGCGUGUUUGUUCGACUUCCGGGAAGAUGCACUCUGGUGUCUGCCGUGCUGCUACGGGAGCUUGUCACCGUUGUGGAAGUAUGGAUCACAAGGUGCGUGAUUGGCCUGAGGAAGAUCUAAGACCGAAGAGCUAGAACAAGGGUGCUGGGGAACGUGUGUGCUACAACUGCGGCGAAACGGGGCACUACAAGAAUCAGUGUCCAAAGGACGCACAAUCUGCUGGGAAGCGUCCGAGUGAUGGGCCUCAGCCGGCGGCGAAGAGGCAGGCCAUCAUGCCACGGGUGUACACAAUCGGUGAUGAGUCAAUGGACCCAAGCACGUCUCGUCCGAUCACUGGUGAGUCAUCCUAUCUCUCACCUUUGCCCUAAGAAUUUCUGUGUGAAAUUGCUUGCUUGUAGAGUAGGUCCUGAGUGUUCUGGGUAAAUAUGUAGGGACCUUAGUCAUGGGUGGAGUGACAACCCAUGUUCUGUUUGAUUCUGGUGCAUCUCACUGCUUUGUGCAACCCGAGAUGAUUGGAAUUGGGGAAUUCCAGAAAGAACCAGAAGAAGAAGUAAGACUGGUUCGAGCAACUGGUGGUCAGAUCAUGUACACUUCAGGGAAAAUCCGAAACGUCUCUGUGAUGAUCGGAGGAGUGAACAUGCCAGCCGACUUGGUCGUUUGCCCAGUGAAAUCAUACGAUGUGAUCCUUGGAAUGGAUUGGCUGAGUAAAUACAAGGCACA